CUGCUGUCAGAGAGUCAAGAUCCACUUGACUCAACACUACUGCCGCCGGCCCGUCGUCUAUCGUCUACACUGUCUUUCCGUACCUUUAUCGGGAGUCUGCUUCUGGAUACUCAGCCCGUACUUUGUUAUGUUCGGUUUGCGCCCAACAGUGUGACUAAACGUUCUUUCUCAUGGCCAACAAUUGACGUUGAUUCCUGAGUGGUUACAACAUCAUGUUACUUAUCACCCAUUCAAUGUAGAUCUCUGUUCGUUGCAUCGGCCUUGUACUUGAUGUCUUGGACAGCCAUUGCUGAGUGAUUCUGGGCACCUUUCUACACUGUUCUGAUUUCAAUCAACCUUACCGCAUCAUGGACAGUCGUCAAGAUGGCACCGAGAGUGCCGGCUCGUGGCUGCCAAACUUCCUCCGCAAGUCGACUGAUUCGAAAUUUCAAGAACCAGAUGAAAGAACCUCUCUUCUUCCCAAGCCUGACGAUGAGCCAACCAUUGGCUCAGUCGACGACUUUGAUGACGAGGACAAAAGCAGCACUCAGCUCAUUAUCCACGAAUUCUGGGUGCUGCUCAGCGGAUCAACCCCUGUCUUCCUUGCAUAUAUGCUGCAAAACUCUUUGCAAACUGUUUCGGUUCUGGUCGUUGGACGAUUGAGUCCCGAAGCACUAGCAGCAGCGGCUUUCUCCUACAUGUUCGCCAUGGCCUCUGGUUGGCUCAUUGCUUUGGGAGGAACCACUGCCAUCGAUACGCUUGCCUCGGCGAGUUUUACUGGAAGCAAGGACAAACACGAUCUGGGGAUCAUCCUCCAGAGAGCACUGUUCGUACUUGGCUUGCUAUACAUUCCGGUGGCUAUUCUAUGGUUUUGCUCGGAGCCUGUUUUUAGAGCUCUUGGCCAAGACGAGCAAUUGUCGCACGACAGCAGCAAGUUCCUCAGCGUUCUUGCGCUCGGUGGACUUGGAUACAUCUACUUCGAAUGCUUGAAGAAGUUCCUGCAAGCACAGGGCAUCAUGCGACCUGGCACAUAUGUUCUUCUCAUCACCUCGCCGAUCAAUGCAGGUCUGAAUUAUCUUUUCGUCUACACCUGCAAGAUGGGUCUCCUCGGGGCACCUCUGGCCACAAGCAUAUCGUAUUGGCUAUCGUUCCUCCUCCUUCUCGCCUAUGCUCGCUUUGUCUCAGGCUGGGACUGCUGGGGCGGAUGGUCAAAGAAAGCUUUCCAAAACAUUGGCACAUUCACAAGGCUUGCUCUACUUGGAGUCGUCCACGUAGGUACAGAGUGGUGGGCCUUUGAGAUUGUGGCUCUUGCAGCAGGUAAACUCGGAACCAUCCCUUUGGCCGCGCAAUCCGUCAUCAUGACCACAGAUCAAGUCCUCAACACCAUCCCCUUCGGUGUUGGAGUUGCAACAUCAGCACGCGUAGGAAAUCUCCUAGGAGGCAGAAACGCGAAAGGCGCAGCACGUAGCGCCAAUGUAGCUGCUUGGUUAUCCAUGAUCCUUGGAGCCCUUGUUCUUGCACUCCUGAUGGGCGUCAAGAAUUUCUACGCCAGAAUCUUCAACGACGAUCAGGAUGUGAUCAAGCUGACUGCAGAAGUCAUGCCCUGGGUCGCCUUGUUCCAGAUUGCUGAUGGGCUCAACGGGUCUUGUGGUGGUUCUCUGCGUGGAAUGGGACGCCAACAUGUUGGUGCUCUGGUCAACAUAAUCAGUUAUUACUGUGGUGCCCUGCCUUUGGGAAUCUGGUUGGCCUUCCAUGGCUGGGGUUUGGCAGGUCUGUGGGUUGGUCAAUGUAUCGCUCUGUACCUGGUCGGGUUUGGUGAGUGGGCGAUUGUUGCUUGGAGUAAUUGGGACUAUCAAGUCCGCAAGGCUUUCGAAAGGAUGGAGCAUGAGGAGCAGGUCGAGUCUGGAUUGGCGAACAAUGUUGAGGGCUACCAGGGUGAGGAAAGUAGAUAG